GCUCGAAAUUGCGACCAUUUUGGUCGCAUAUGCUCCCGAAAUUUCAUCUAUGCGACCUCAAAAUAUAUUUGGGAGCAUUGGUGCGAGUGCAUGUAAUUGUUGUCGUGCUACCUGUUUUAACUUCUCUAAAAAAUGUUAACAGUAUAUGUGUGUUCUGUGUGCUGAAUGCUGAUACGGUGACCGUUCUGCCAUUUGAGAUUUUAGAUUGGUUAAUAAUAGCUGUCAAUCACUCAGUCAGGUGACGGCGCGAACUACAGCGGGGAAAUAUAAAUAUAAAGAGGUGAAGAAGCGGGAAAAUGAAAAGAACACUGACAGAUUUCUUUUGCAAACCACCUAAAGUUACAAAUAAUGGCGCUGGUGAUAGUGAUCAUGUGGUGAAUGUUGAUUCACCAGCCGAAAAGAAGGCGUACAGUUUUCGGAGAGAAUGGUUGAAAGACUUCGAGUGGCUCCGCUAUGAAAAUGGCUCUAUGCACUGCAUUCACUGUAAAACCUGUGGGACGGAGUUUGCAGGUAACACAGCGUUCGCCACUGAAUCUACGCACUUUAAGCGCGAGAGCUUGGUCAAACACGGUGAGAGUGCCAAACACAAGAAAUGCAGGGACAAAUGUGUGGCAAAAACUUCAGUAUCAUCAGGUUCGAUCGUUAAGGCUUUUAAUCGUCAGGAUACUGCCAGCCGUUCCGCGCAGUUAGCAGAACUGAACGUAAAAUUUAACACCGCAUACACUAUCGCCAAAGAAGAGCUCGCAUUCACUAAAUUUAAACCCAUGUUGCAGCUAAUGAAAAAGAACGGUAUUGCAAUUAACAUGACAUAUGCAAAUGACAAGUCAUGCGCCAAUAUCAUCGGCGUAAUAGCAGAUACCAUCCGUGAGAACACUGCCGUUAAAGUAUCAUCAGCCCAGUACAUCUCAUUCAUGAUCGAUGGAGACACCGACCUGUCUGUCAAGGAGUGCGUGAUUGUGUAUGUCCGCAUCCUGCUUGACGGACAACCCACGACCAUCCUCAUCGGGCAUGUUGAGGUGGAACAUGCUAAUGCUGAUGGAAUCUAUGCAGCCUCCAAGUCAGCAUUUGCUGGUCUUGGGGACUCGUGCCACAACUGGAUGCAGAAGACAGUGGCUAUGGGAGCUGAUGGAGCAGCUGUGAAUCUUGGGAAGAAGGGAGGUGUAUCAGUGAAACUCCAAGAGGAGGCAGGAAAGCAUAUCAUCCCAUUUCACUGCAUGCCUCAUAGAUUGGAGCUUGCCCUACUCUCUGCUCAGAAGGAUUCACCUUGGGUAGGCAAUGUGUACAACCUGCUCCACUUAAUUUGGAAGACCUAUCACUUCAGCUCUAAAUCCAGAAGGGAAUUAAAACGCCUUGGAGUCGAACUGGGUGUAUCGGUGAACAAUCCAGGUGGUGUCAAGGGCACAAGAUGGUUGCCACAUGUGUCCAGGGCAUUGGAUGUGCUCCUGAAGCAAGAGAAGAAGGAGGGGACCCUGGAAGAUUCUGGGCAGUACACAGCAGUAUAUGCUCAUAUGGACCACCUGGCUGCUUCAUCAACAAAUGCUGAUAUAGCUGGCAGAGCAAAGCAUAUCAAGGAGACAAUGGAGGAUGGCUCAUUUCUGGCUUUCUGCCAUUUCUUGGCAGAUUUAUUUUCUGCCAUCAGUAAAUACAGCUUGUUACUUCAAAGAAAUGAUGUGAUCCUCCCCCAGGUCAGGAGAAACAUGGAAUGGACACUUCAGUAACCAAAGCAGUCAAAUGUUUUCACGUGUUCAACCAUGAUGUUUGGCCAGAGACAGCAGAGGAGUUGGUUGAUUAUGGAAUAGAGGAGGUGACUUUCCUGUUGGACCAUUUUCAACAUGUACUGGAAAGGUUAAUAUUCAAAAUACAGACUUCUGAUUGUUUGUGUUAAAAGCUUUAACAUUAAAAAACCAACCAGUGACACUUGGAUUGUAUUUCAUUAAGGAACGGCUGUGACUGUGCCCUUGCCAUGGAGGAGUUCCAGACCUUGAAAACCCUAGUGUUCAUGUCUUUUAAAGACAAGAGCUAUCACAGGUUAUGGGAAGUCCUUCUAACCAAGGAACCCUAUUCCUCAGAUUUACAGGUAGGCUAAGCAAAUUAAUGUCACAGUAGUUAGAUUAUCAAUGUAUUUUAGGCUAAAUACUUCUACCCUGACAAUGAAAUUAAAAUUAUUUUUAUUUCAGAACA